AUGGCUCUAUGAUAUGAUAUAUAUGCAAAUAAUGUUAAAGUUUAACCUACAAAUCUGAUCAAGCAGUGCGUGAGGAAUAUCCUCCAUUGACUUUCACUCAAGAAAGGCACAUUUCCAGUUUCCUCCACAACGAUACGCAUUUUUGGGCUCAGCUUGGGGGCUUUCCCUGGAGGAGGUCCAUUUGGAAGGCGGGGCUUAUACUCAGUAUAGAGGAAUUCUAUUGGCCAAUGCUUGUGCCAAUCAAAGUAGAAGCGGCAUACGGAUAGCAAUAAUGGCUGAUUCUCAUCCCAGUGUCGCGAUGGCUCAUCAACGAGUCUGCUGUCAGGAUAAAACGCCAAUCCAGAUCCUGCACGAAUACGGCAUCAAAAUCGGCAGCGCGCCCCAAUACGAGCUCAUACACGCUCUCGCUGACGGAGACGCGCACCAGCCUUCUUCCUUCAUCUUCGGUGUCACCAUAGGAGAUGUCACAUGCAAAGGGCAAGGAGCGACUAAAAAGGCGGCUAAACAUGACGCUGCAGAAGCCGCCUUGAAAUUAUUGAAACGAGACCCCCUGCCAAAUGGUCAGACUCAGAGAGACAAUGGUCUUUUUCCUGAAGGCGGUGACGGGUCCAAUCCUGUGGGAAUACUGCAGGAACUGGCCAUGCAGCGGGUGUGGUGUCUGCCGGAGUAUUUGGUGUGUAUGGAGACGGGUCCAGAUCACAUGAAGGAGUUCACCGUGACCUGUCGUCUGGAGGGCCUGGAGGAGUCAGGGGCCGGCAGCUCGAAGAAGCUGGCCAGACGAGCAGCCGCUGAACGCAUGCUGGAGAAACUGCAGAGUCUGUCCGGGUCUACCGAGAUCACGUGGAGCCCUCCUGCUCGUGUGUAUGUGGAGAGCUUCCGGCAGUCGACGGGCGAGAAGAUCUCUCUCCUGAAGAUGACUCCUCUCAGCAUCCCCAACACAGACUACAUCCAGAUGCUGCUGGAGGUCUCGCUGGAGCUGGGCUUUCAGGUCGCAUACAUAGACCUCGAUGAGCUCACCGUGAACGGGCAAUACCAGUGUUUGGUGGAGCUGUCGACCCGGCCGGUGACGGUGUGUCACGGCUCCGGCAUGACCAGCAGUAACGCCCACAACGCCGCGGCACACAACGCCCUGCAGUACAUCAAGAUGGUGGCUAAUAAACACUAACAGAACUGCGCGCAUCAUCGAGUCUGAGAUAGUGAACUCUGACGUGUGGGGCAACUGACCCGGGCCUAUGCAGAAAAUAAAUCCAUUUCUGGGUCACUACCCUGAGUUUAUUUCUGGAUGAGGCAGAGUGCUUCAUUUACACCAAAUGGUCAUUUAUUUACACUAACUUAAAACUGAAUUCAGUCCGAUGUACUGAAUCCUGAAUAGAAAGUGUUUGCCACUGCAACACACCUGACCAUGGUCUUUUUUUUUUUUUUUUUUUUGCUUAAUAAAUCCAUUGUAAACACCAUAUUAAUAGGUUAACAGUGUGUAUCAUUCCAAACCCGAAAGACUUUCGUUCAUCUUCGUAACACAAAUGAAGGUAUUUUUAAUGAAAUCUGAGCCUUUUCUGUCCACCCACUGACAGCGAUGCAACUACCACUUUAACACUUCAUAAAGAAAUUGUAAAACGAAUUAAAAACUUUAGACGGAAGCUGUCGCGUGAUUCUCAUUGGUUCACGAAAAUCAAGCACACAUGCUUGAGCUUCUGUUUACCACAUCUGAUGUGUGAGUUGAUGAAUAUAUUUAUAAUGGCAGUGUAUUGCAACUAACAGUUUGAAGCGUUAAAAGUGCAUCGAUCCACGAUAAAAGUGCAUCUAUCCAUGAUAAAAGUGAAUAAAAGCUUAUAUUCAUCAUAUAAAGUGAUCAAAUCUCUCAGAAAAUGUGGAAUAAACCGCUCAAUUCAUGUUAAUUAGUUGUAUGAUCUCUAUAAACUUUUUGAAGCAUCAAAGUGUCACUUGGUGUCAACAGAGGGGAAAUCGAUUAGAUUUCAUUGAAAAGAUCUUCAUUUGUGUUCUGAAGAUGAAUGAAAGUCUUCCAGGUUUGGACCGUCAUGAGGGUGAAUAAAUUAGACUUUUCUUCUUUGUGUAAAUUAACCCUUUAAGAAAUGCAGUGCUAAAACAGGCAGGAUUGGGUCUGAUGAUCACAUGGGUUCCCAUGGGUCCUUGAAAUCCUUGAAAGUUUGUGAGUCUGAUUUUUUUUUUCAAGGCCCUGGAAAGUUCUUGAAAAAAUAAACAUGCAUAGACACAG